AUGCCUCAACUGGAUCAAUUUACUUAUGUCACACAAUUCUUAUGGUCAUGCCUCUUCUUCUUGACUUUCUAUAUUCUAAUCAUCUAUAAGAUGGAAGGGAAUCAGCAGAAUUCUAUCAUACCUUCAGCUUCUUCCCCUAGUAGUAGUAGUAGCGCCUCCGGGGAUCCUGAAAAGGAGCGCGCUCGUCUAGUAAAAGCAUAUGACUAUUUCUAUAAAUCUCUAAUUCAAGAGGUCCAGGCAGAAGCCGGGCUCCUCUUGAAGAGGAAACUAAGCCUUCGAACUGUUUCGGGGCUUGUCCUUAAGCGGUCACAGAGGCAGUGUUAA